CUCAUUCACGUGUCCGUGGCCGAGCAGUGCAGUGCCGUCGCCGUCGAGCUCGAGGUGCGAAGUGCGGCAUGGCAGCGGGGGCCCGCUCCGGUGCCGGGCGCCUCCACGAUGAUGCUAGCUCUGACGAUGCGCAGGGAACACGACGACAGCAGGAGUGAGCGCGACGACGCCGUCCCCGCGGCAACAGGUGGCGACGAGUUCGUGGACAUACUGCAAGUGCAACAGCUGCUGCUGGACGGGGGCAGGGGCCGGGAGCCGCCCCCGCCUCCUCCGGACGGACGCGCCAGACUGCUGGACGCUGCCGCCUUCGCCGCCCCGCCGUACUACUACGGACCGACGGGAUAUGGACAGACGACGUCCAGCGUCGACGACCUCGUCGCGCUCUGGUUCGCCGCCGGACCUUCUUCGGCUGCAGGCGGGCCAGCGGCGGCGAGUCUCCCCAACCCGUCGGCCACCAUGAUCAUGGACGGCCUGGACACGCUGCCCGCACAGCACCAUCACCAUCACCAUCACCACUCCGCCUUCCUGCUCACCGAGUCGGCGGCCGCGGCGGCCGCGGCGCACCACUUCAACGUGCUCAGCUUCGACACGUGCCUCUACAAGAGCGUCGCCACCACGGUCGACUCCGGCGGCAGCCCCGCGCCCGCAGCCGCCUGCACCGCCGCCGACGAGCCGCCCGCCCCAGAGGCGCAGCCGGGCGACCUCAACACGCCCGUCACCACCUCGGGCGACAUUCCCUCCUUCUUCGGGCCCUCCACCGUCGUCGAGCCGCCGCCGAUCACAGGCUCCCUAGACCCGGAGGAGCUCACCUUGGACCAGCAGCAGCAACAGCAGCAGCAGCAAGCACCCCAACAACAACCCCAGCAGCACUCCGUCAGUCCGCACCAAUCGCCGUCGAGCAGCCAUAUCGGGGAGCGAGGGACCCCUCAAGAUAGCGCGUUGAGUCCCAGCCUUCGCGAAGAGGAAAACACGAAUCACAGCACCCUUAGCAUGUAUCCGGCGACGGGUACGUCGCACGCGAGCAGCAUGGGUAAAAUGCACCACCGGAGCGUUUACACGUCGGCGUCGAGCCCGGGCAUGUCGGGCAACAUCCAGAUGCAGCCUGCCGGAAGCCCUUUGGGCAUGAGCUCGCAGGGCAUGGCCCAUUCGCCGUCAGCCGUGAACCCGUGGCUGCUGUCGAGCGGCGAUAAGCCCAUCUACCCGGCGAUGUUUGGGCUGCUGGGACAGGGCAGCUCGCAGUCCCCGCAGCAGCAGUACCCCUCGGCGACGCCGAGCCCCGCCGGGACGCAGUACGACGACCGGUCGCAGGCCGAGCAGCUCAUGCUGAGCAUGGACUGCGGAAGCCUGAAACAGCCCCCGUCGUACCCCAGCUGUUCGGCGACGUCGACGAGCCUGCAGCUCGAGCUGCAGCAGCAGGACUUGGUGUACUCGCGCGUCGGCCAGCCGCUCGUGGCCAGCACGGCCAAGUACCAAUGGGACUCGCAGGACUACGGCAGUCCGCAAAGCUCUAGUGCGUUAGUGGUGCCGGGCGCGUCGAACCUGGUGCCGAAGCAGGAACCGUUCAGUGCGGGGUGCUCGAGUGAGAUCGGACAGCAGACGUCGAACUCUGCGUACGGUGUGCAGCUGGCCGAGUACAACCCCUCGACGAGCAAGGGGCACGAGAUCCUCUCGCAGGUAUAUCAGCAGUCACCCAUCCCGCUGAAGCUUGUCCCGGUGAAGCCGCGGAAGUACCCGAAUCGGCCGAGCAAGACGCCGGUGCACGAGCGGCCGUACGCCUGCCCCGUGGAGAACUGCGACAGGAGGUUCUCCCGGUCGGACGAGCUCACCCGCCACAUUCGCAUCCACACGGGCCAGAAGCCGUUCCAGUGCCGGAUCUGCAUGAGAUCCUUCUCCCGGUCGGACCACCUCACGACGCAUAUCCGCACGCACACGGGGGAGAAGCCCUUUUCGUGCGACGUCUGCGGACGCAAGUUCGCGCGGAGCGACGAGAAGAAGCGCCACGCCAAGGUGCACCUGAAGCAGCGAAUGAAGAAGGAGAGCAAGAUGGGCCAGCAGCAGCAGCAGCAGGGGGCGAACCAGCCGCCGCAGCAACAGCACCACCACCUGCACCCCCAUCAGCAGCACCACAUGCACGCAAGUCACACGGUCACCAGCGAGGACAGUCUAUCCUUGCCGGUGGUGACGACGACUCUGUGAGAAUUGCCCACCGCCGAGCUAUCUGCCGGCGAAUGUGUUCUCUUCAUACGCGACGACUGUGAUCUCGGCACCGACUCCGCUCGGCUCAUCUACGUGCGAAUUGAAUGAAAGAAAACGCACUACGCGCGACCUGAACCCAUGAUCUCCUCCGUUGGCCCUGCGCCCGUCUCAAUGGCGUAACUAGAGGACGGUUUGCAAGGGACCCGGCACACGGUAAAUUGACGCUCAUAUUUUUGCAGAGGCCGAAGCGCGGCGAUCGCAGGCGCACGCCGACGACGACGAUCGAAAUUUAUAAGAUUUUUUUAAUAAAUUAAAUACAUCGACCAUCGAACGCAUUUUGGACCCCGACGGAUCGUGCGCUCGCCGACGCGCGACGGCGUCGGCAGACCACAGUAUGAUGUGAAGGCAAAUUAGCUUGCUGGGUCCCUCCCUGGUUACGCCACUGGCCCGUCUACGUGUGUGCCAUUUGUGUCGAUUUAUAUUUAUUCUCGUGGACCUCAAGGAACAAAGUGUCAGUGUAUGUAUGUAUGUUUUUUUAAUACAUGCUAAACCGGCAACUCGAGCCAGUUCUAUACGCUGCCAGACUGAUUUUUGCACUGGUUGUUUGAUAUCAGAUCCUAUUUUUGUAAAUGUUUCGAUUUGUUGAUGUAUCUAUAUUUUAUUGUGUCCGAGACACCUGAUUUAAAUAGUUCUUAACAUUAGAGACAAGAUAACAAAAAAAUGGCUUUAAUUAAUAAUUAAUAGGUAUUAUUAUAACUGUUUUAAACUUGUUGCCAAAUAACACAUUUUAAAACUUUUUAUACAUUCCGUACUAGUGUUUUUUUUUUUCUUUUUAUAUUAUUAUAGAUGAUAUAUAUGAGAACAAAAUUGUUGAUCGCUUAAGUUGUAAUUUUUUUUUUGUUAAUGCAACAAAAGUUGUCAAUAGUCCAAUUCAAAGUCAAUACAAGUCUCCAAACGCACACUCUGAACAGGAAAUUUCAGGACCGAUUGACGAACUUUUCUUGUAAUCGUGUUUAUAAGAGAGAAGCUGUCUUAUCGAGAAUGCCUUAACGAAGUGUCUUGAGCAACUAACAUGUAAGAUUAGCAAAACAAAAUCCAGUCGAUUAUGCGAGGCCAUAAGUUGUUCAGCAAACCAUAGUUACCAGCAGUGUUGGGAUUUCGUUUUGUCUUUUAAUUUUCCUUGAUUUUUUUUUCCGUUAAUUGAACCUCUCACACGCAGAAACUUAGAUCAUUUUCGUCAAUUUUUAUGUUGUGUAGUUUCGUUUCGACUAGCUCAGAGUCAGACCGCGUAAAUUUCGAUUUGUUCCCAACACUGGUUACCACAGUCGAGAGUGUUGCGACGGAUGCAAGUCCGGCGCAGUUCUCUCCGUUGAGCACACCUAAAGUGCACUCUAGUAGAUGCCAUGAGAGUUUACGACUGUCCUUCUACCCUUUAAUAGUAUCACACCCCGCAUCAAGAAUAUCUAUGUUAGUUGGUGGUGCUGUCCACUCUAAAAAACAAGCGUACAAAUACCAUAGGCCUAAUUUCAUUCAACUAUUUACUAUUAUAAUUAUAUACCAUGCGGAUGUAUAUAUUAAAAAAUUUGUAAAUAGCGACUAUCAGAAAUAACGUUAACUCUUUGUACAUACUAUUGAAACAUUUGAUUGAUCUUUUAAAGAAAAAAUUGUUGAACCCGGCUGUUGUCAUAAUUGUUGUUGCAUGUGCCCGAGGGCGCGAUUUUGAUUACUCCCUUCCAUUGCACUUUGAUGACUAUAUCUAUUUUUAUAUCCCGAAUAUUAGAUGUUACCUUUAUCAAAAGCUGUUUAAGAAAUUCUUAUUCGACUCAUGAGGCUGUUGUAUUGUGAAUGUGAUAUUUGAAUACAUGGAUAUUGUAAAUUAUUAUCACACAAACAUCCCCUAUUUAUUUGUACAUGUUGUCAAAAAGAACUUCAGUUGUUAUACGCAUUAUAAGAAAAAACUGUUCAAGUCGAUGUAUUAUAUUCAUAAGUGGUUGUGCUCAGCUCUAUGAAAUCUCACUUGAUCAGACAAAUAUAAA